AUGAAGCCUCAAACCUGUGAGGAAGAAAGGAAACUCCAACUACAGGAACUGGAGGAAUUACGGCUUGAGUCGUACGAUGCUGCCAUGUGGUACAAGGAAAGGACUAAGUUGUGGCAUGAUAAGAACCUCCCGGUCAAAGAAUUGCAGACUCAACCAUCACACCGAGAACCAGAUGGAGAGAAAGCCAGCACCUCACUGGAAAAACACACAACCCACCGCCGGAAGGGCGGCGAGACGUCCAAAAAGGCGUCGUCCUCAAACCCACCAGCCAAGAAACCACAAGUCGUACCACCAUCGGCGCCUGCACAAGAUGUAGUUCCUCCACCACCAGAAGAGGACACGAAUGAUGAGGAAGGGGAGGGUAGAACUGAAGAAGGGGAGAGUAGAACUGAAGAGGGCGAGGAUAGGCAUGAGGGAGACGAGGGUAGUCCGGAUAAUAGGGGAAGGAGAGAUGAAGAGCGUGAGGGUAGUGGGGAGGAGAUAUCUACCGAGGAACAGACAGAGGAGGGUGCAGAAGCAAAUGUAGUGGCUGAGGAUACUGAGGAACAUGUAGUAGAGGGAGCAUAUGGUGGAGAACAGGACGGGGAAACCCUUGUUUCUGUUGAAAGGGAAAUUCUAUUAGAGGUCGAGGAUGACGAGAUAGGAGGAGAACCCACAGAUGAUGGGUUGAAAGAUGUCGUAGAUCUGGAGGAACUUCCAGAAUAUGGGCGAACGCCGGGUGAUAAGAGGGAGAUCAGGAGGAGCAACCGCCGCAGCAGGCAAGCAAAAAGAGCAGUGGCCGAGACCCAGGAUACUCGGGCAGAGGGUGAUACCUCUGACAAGGCCAAGGAGAGGCACUACGCUGAGGAGCGAAAGAGGAAGGGGAAAGCAGAGGCUAAACCCCUGGUAAAGAAACAUAAAAUUGCUUCUUCAAAAGUGGUAAUCGAGGAACCUGUCCCGACUACCGUUCUGGUGCCUUAUUCUAAGGCUCUGGACACUCCAGACGGUGAUAGCGAGAAUGUAGAGGAGCAUGAGCCUGAACAACAAGAAAACUCUGUCUAUGAGAAGACCGAGGUGUUUGUGACGAGAAAGCUAUUAGACGCCAUGGCGCAGUUUGACGACCCCUAG